UUUGUGGUUCAGUGUCUGGUCCAGAGUAUCAAGGGAAGCUCCCGGUCAGCUGCAGCCUUCCAAGAGUCUAAACUCCCUGGGUCCCUGAGCACGAGUUUUUUGAAAGUUACGAACUUUCCUUUCUACUUUUUUUAAAAAGCCACUUAAAAAUCCUUGGGGAUCUCUGUCCUGAUAAUGUCUUCUAUUAAGAUCGAGUCCAUUGUUCGGGAGAGCAGCAGGUGUGGAGAAUCUCCAGUGUGGGAGGAAAAAUCCAAUAGUCUCCUGUUCGUGGAUAUCCCAUCCAAGAAGAUUUGCCGAUGGGAUUCACUCACGAAGAAAGUGCAGGAGGUUACUGUAGUGUGUGUUUUUGAAAUUACAGAUAGUGCGGUCAGCUCAGUGGCCAUUCGACAGUCUGGUGGAUAUGUUGCAACAGUAGGAACUCGGUUCUGUGCUUUGAACUGGGAGGACCAAUCGCUAUCUGACCUGGGUGCUGUGGAUAAAGAUAAGAAAAACAAUCGAUUCAAUGAUGGGAAGGUGGAUCCAGCUGGAAGAUACUUUGCUGGUACCAUGGCUGAGGAGAUUGCCCCUGCUGUGCUGGAGAGACACCAAGGUUCACUGUAUGCUCUCUUUCCCAAUGGCACUGUAAAGAAGUACUUCGAUAAUGUGGACAUCUCCAACGGCUUGGAUUGGUCCAUGGAUCACAAAAUCUUCUAUUACAUUGAUAGCCUGUCUUAUUCUGUGGAUGCCUUCGAUUAUGAUUUACAGACAGGAAAAAUCGCCAACCGCAGAAGUGUGUACAAGUUGGAAAAGGAAGAACACAUUCCAGAUGGCAUGUGCAUUGAUACGGAAGGGAAGCUCUGGGUGGCUUGUUACAAUGGAGGGAGAGUGAUCCGGUUAGAUCCAGAGACAGGAAAAAGAAUUCAAACAGUAUUGCUGCCUGUGGAAAAAACUACUUCCUGCUGUUUUGGAGGAAAGGAUUAUUCUGAAUUAUAUGUGACCUCUGCCCGAGAUGGCCUGGAGCCUGAUAAACUUUCAAGACAACCUGAGGCGGGAAGAAUUUUCAAGAUAACUGGACUGGGUGUAAAAGGAAUCGCCCCAUAUGCCUUUGCUGGAUAAUGCCUGAACCCUCACAGCAGUAACUUUCCCAGAUCUCUCCUUUUGCUGUAAUCCUUUGGCAGAAUUUAGAUUCGAGUAGAGUUAGAUCAAGGAGGAAACACCAAAAUGGACUUUUCCCCUAAAGAUUAAACAACAACCUUUGACUGGUUUGAUCUCUAUUUGGAACAAGGUCCAAGGGUCACAUUGGAAUUGAUGAGUCUUUGGGGCCAAUUAUUUUGUCCUUCCAAAUGAAGAAGCCCAAGAACACCUUGUGCCGUAAAUGCUUCAUCCAUGUUCAUGUGCAAUCAUAUGAGACUUAAUUACUUCUGUCAAUGCAUUGUAAAAUCCUCAGUAAAUAGUGCUAUGAAAUUGCCAAGAAUUAUUCUUCACCCAUCAACUGACAUUGCUUCCCUCCACCCUGCCUCCCUUGUAAGCUCUACUUGAAGAGGGACCACAUCUGUUCUUCCAUUUAGUCAUAAAAAGAUCCAGGACAUCAUCUGUACCCAAUAAAUUUCAAUCUACUUGCCUGAC